UACGCACACUACAAGCAUCAUCAUGGUCGAAGCCAUCAUUGCACCCUCACUCCUAGCUGCAGACGCAGGCAACCUCAGGUGCGAAUGCGGCCGUGUCCUAGACGCAGGCGCCGACUGGCUCCACAUUGACAUCAUGGACGGCCAUUUCGUCCCCAACCUGUCCUUCUUUGAUGUUGCAAACAUCCGGCAUGCUAUUCCCAAGGGUAAAGCUGUCCUGGAUAUCCACAUGAUGGUCUCAGAUCCAGCGAAAUGGAUUGACCUCAUGGCCAAAAACGGCGCAGAUUCCUAUACCUUCCACUAUGAAGCGAUCCCCGAGGGACAACAUGCCAAGAUCAUCAAGCAAGUAAAAGAUGCAGGCAUGAACGUUGCCUGUGCGUUGAAACCGGAUACGCCAGCUGAGGUGGUCGAUGCCUUUGCUGAGGAUCUCGAUAUGAUUCUCGUAAUGACGGUUGAGCCGGGCUUUGGCGGACAGAAAUUUAUGCGUGAUAUGAUGCCCAAGGUGAAUGCACUCAGGAGGAAGUAUCCGGGCAAGCAUAUCCAAGUGGACGGUGGGUUGUCUGCUUCGACAAUUGGCGAGGCGGCUGAAGCAGGUGCGAACGUGAUUGUUGCUGGCACAGGUAUCUUCAAGGCGGAUGACGCAAGCGAGGCUGUCAAGACGCUACGUGACGCUGUGGAGCAUGCACAGACCAAGAGCAAGUUUUAGACAGAACAAAUAUAUGUGACGGUCGGGGCCAUUCUGCUGUCAGGAUCUGAGACCUCGGCGUCAUUUCUGAUUUUAGGAAAACGUUUAAGACCAGCGCACCCCUCUAUUGCUACAGAUUGCAAUCACGUCGUUCCUACAGCGAAGACUCUAUAGUUCCGUCAUGGCAUCUGCAACAAAGCUCUAUGACCUCAAAGCCGACUGGAAGAAGGGCCAAUUUGACUUUAGCGACACAAAGGGUAAGGUCGUCUUGAUUGUCAAUACCGCCAGCGCAUGUGGUUUCACAC